GCCCCCUUUAAAAAAAUGUUGUAUUUUUUUACCUAAUAACAACAUAGACGAAUUGUAAAAGCUGCAUACUUCAAUAAAACUCAGCUCAUUGUAUCUUGUAUAAUUUUCAUUUAUGAACACGAUUGAUGCAUCAAUCAAAAUAGUUGUUCUCAAAAAACGAUCAGGCCAAAAUCAAGUUUUAGUUAGGGAUUCAAUGAGGCAAAAAUUCAUUAUGAUGAAACAAAUAAAUGUCAUUGCAAACGUUUAAAAAUUGAAAGAACGUUGACAUAGUCAAUUUAGAGACUACCACCACCAUUUUCUUUCUUCUUCACACCUUUAUAAAACCUCACAUGUGUUCCCUUCUACUUAUAACCCUCUGCUACGUUUUACUUACUGACCAAAUCAUAAUCAUAUAGCUAGUAGCAUCUCACUCAUGAAAGAGCAUACUGCAGGGAAGGUUUAAUAUAUAAUUUAUAUAUUUCAUUUUUCAAAGUCGAUUGAUUGUCAAACGCUUGAUUUGUCUCUUUGUGUCGUUAUAUUUUAUUUAACAGACAAAUGUAUUAUUAUUUAUGUGUGUACUUCUUUAAAAUUUUCAUUAAAAUGUAACUUAUUAUUAAGUUUUGGUUAAAAUGAGUAGAUAAUUUACUUGAUAAAAUUUAAUCAUAUAUUUUUGUUUAAAAAAACUCGAUAUUUGUCAUUCUUUGUUCCAUCUUUAUAUUUUGUUUAAUUGACAAAAAUAUUAUUAUUUUUUACAUGUUUUUAUUUACAUUCUCAAUGUAACUUAUUAUUAAUGUUGAGUAAAAGUGAGCAUAAAUACUAAAAGAAGAGAGAGAUAGCUUCAUAAAUAGAUCAAUAAUAAAAAAAUUUGUUAGGAAAAAAAUGUCCACCUAGGCCACUUGUUAUUUCUCCAAGUGCUUAUGUGACAAGAAGUUACUUUUGAAUUGUCAUAAUAUAUAGUAUAGAUGUUUUAGCUCGUCUUGCGAAUUACCCGAAACACCCCUGCCCGGCUGCCCCAAAAUAUAAAAUUCGCCUAUACAGCACUUGUCUCUUUCCUCUCUUCAUUACCAUCACCACCACUGCUCCCACCCUACUCUCUUCACUCUCUCUCUUCCUCCUCCGCCACAAUGCGGCCGUCGGCGGCGUCCCUCCUCCUCCUAGCUCCGCUCCUCCUCUUCUUCCCCUCCACUGCCACCGCCCACAACAUCACCAAGCUCCUCGCCAGCCACCCGGAGUUCUCCACCUUCAACCACUACCUCACCCUCACCCAGCUCGCCGACGAGAUCAACCGCCGCAUCACCAUCACCGUCUGCGCCGUCGACAACGCCGCCAUGGACUCCCUCCUCGCCUCCCGCCCCUCCAUCUCCACCGUCAAGAACAUCCUCUCCCUCCACGUCCUCCUCGACUACUUCGGCCCCAAGAAGCUCCACCAGAUCUCCAACGGCACCGCCCUCGCCGCCACCCUCUUCCAGGCCACCGGAUCCGCCCCCGGCUCCUCCGGAUUCGUCAACAUCACCGACAUCCGCGGCGGCAAGGUCGCUCUGGGACCCGAGGACAACGGCGGCUCCCUCGACGCCUUCUUCGUCAAGGGGGUCGAGGAGUUGCCCUACAACAUCUCCGUCAUCCAGAUCAGCAAGAUCCUCCCCUCCGCCGUCGCCGCUGCUCCCACUCCUUCCCCCGCCGCCAUGAAUUUGACCGGCAUUAUGUCGGCGAGCGGUUGUAAGGUCUUCGCCGACACUCUCCUUGCCUAUCCUGAUGCUUCCAAAACCUUCCAGGAGAGCAUCGAUGGAGGAUUGACAGUGUUCUGCCCCAUGGACGACCCGUUCAAGGCCUUCCUGCCGAGAUUCAAGAACCUGACCGCGGCGGGGAAGGUCUCGCUGCUCGAAUUCUUCGGGGUCCCGGUGUACAUGUCGAUGCCGAUGCUGAAAUCCAACAACGGCGUGAUGAACACCCUGGCGACCGACGGGGCCAGCAAGUUCGACUUCACGGUGCAGAACGACGGGGAGCAGCUCACCCUGAAGACGAAGAGCACCACCGCCAAGGUCACGGGGUCGAUCUUCGACGAGCAGCCACUCGCGGUGUACACCAUCGACAAGGUCCUGCUGCCCAACGAGCUGUUCAAGGACGCUCCUUCCCCGACCCCGGCACCAGCGCCUGCCCCGGCGGCAGACGCGCCCAAGUCGAGCAAGAAGAAGAAGAAGAGCAAGUCGCCGCCUUCGUCGGAUGGUGAUGCUGACUCGCCAGCCCCGGCUGAUGGGCCGGAGGCCGAUUCGGAGGAUCAGCAGGCUGCAGAUGACAAUGCUGCUCUCAGCAGGCUUGCAGGUGGUAAGCAGGUGGUGCUGAGCUUGUGUCUAGGGCUGGUAAUGGUGUUGCUGUAGCUGCUACCGAUCGCAAUGUACUACUAUCUAUUGGUGUAAUCAUGGAAAGGAAUUGAUUUUUUUUGGGUUAUUUGUUGAGGGCAGGGGAAUAAGUUAAGGUAGA